AUGGCUUACGCUCUCUCCGACGCCCACCGGGACCAAAUGCACAAGUCUCUCAAGGAGACUGACCCCGAGAUCGCGCAGGUCAUGGAACAAGAGAUCCAGCGCCAGCGUGAAUCGGUCGUCCUGAUCGCCUCGGAGAACUUCACCUCCCACGCUGUCUUCGAUGCCCUUGGUUCUCCCAUGUCCAACAAGUACUCUGAGGGUUACCCCGGUGCCCGUUACUACGGUGGCAACCAGCACAUCGACACCAUUGAGAUCACCUGCCAGCAGCGUGCCCUCAAGGCCUUCAACCUGGACCCUGCCAAGUGGGGUGUCAACGUUCAGUGCCUGAGUGGUAGCCCAGCCAACUUGCAGGUCUAUCAGGCCCUCAUGCGCCCCCAUGACCGUCUGAUGGGCUUGGACCUUCCCCACGGUGGUCACUUGAGCCACGGCUACCAGACCCCCUCCAAGAAGAUCUCUGCAGUCUCGACCUACUUCGAGACCUUCCCUUACCGUGUCAACCUGGAGACCGGCAUCAUUGACUACGACACCCUCGAGGCCAACGCUGAGCUCUACCGCCCCAAGUGCCUUGUUGCCGGUACCUCCGCUUACUGCCGUCUGAUCGACUACAAGCGCAUGCGCCAGAUCGCUGACAAGGUCGGUGCCUACCUCAUUGUUGACAUGGCCCACAUCUCGGGUCUGAUUGCCUCUGGUGUCAUUCCCUCUCCGUUCGAGUACGCCGAUGUGGUGACCACCACCACUCACAAGUCUCUCCGUGGCCCCCGUGGUGCCAUGAUCUUCUUCCGCAAGGGUGUGCGCAGCACCGACAAGACCGGCAAGGAGAUCCUGUAUGACCUGGAGGGUCCCAUCAACUUCUCGGUCUUCCCCGGUCACCAGGGUGGCCCCCACAACCACACCAUCACUGCUUUGGCCGUCGCUCUCAAGCAGGCCGCCUCGCCCGAGUUCAAGCAGUACCAGGAGUUGGUCAUCAAGAACGCCAAGGCGCUGGAGAACGAGUUCAAGGCUCUGGGCCACAAGCUCGUCUCGGACGGCACGGACAGCCACAUGGUCCUCCUGGACCUCCGCCCCAAGAGUCUGGACGGUGCUCGUGUUGAGGCUGUUCUGGAGCAGAUCAACAUUGCCUGCAACAAGAACUCCAUCCCCGGUGACAAGUCCGCCCUCACUCCCUGCGGUAUCCGCAUUGGUGCGCCGGCUAUGACCACCCGUGGCAUGGGUGAGGAGGAGUUCAAGCGCAUCGCUCGCUACAUCGACCAGAGCAUCAACAUCUGCAAGAGCGUGCAGGCCGAGCUGCCCAAGGAGGCCAACCGUCUCAAGGACUUCAAGGCUAAGGUUGCCUCCGAGUCUGUCCCUGAGAUCCUUGCCCUCCGCAAGGAGAUUGCCGAAUGGGCCAGCACCUUCCCUCUGCCCGUCUAA